AAAUAAUAAAAAUUCCAAGCAAUUCGCAUAGUAAACGCAGAAUCAAUGGCUUCAAAGGCGAUGGCCAUGGCAGCGGAGAAGAUAGGCACGGCGGCGCGACGCCAAGCCGUCACGUUAACCGACACCGCCGCGUCGCGAAUACGGCAGUUGCUAGAGAAGCGCCAGAGGUCCUUCUUGAAGCUCGGUGUCAAGGCUCGCGGUUGCAACGGCUUAUCCUACACCCUCAAUUACGCAGAUGAAAAAGGGAAAUUUGAUGAGUUGGUUGAAGAUAAAGGUGUUAAGAUAUUGAUUGAUCCAAAGGCUUUGAUGCAUGUCAUUGGAACUAAAAUGGAUUUUGUAGAUGACAAACUGAGAUCUGAGUUUAUUUUUGUCAAUCCAAACUCUAAAGGUCAGUGUGGUUGUGGUGAAUCUUUCAUGACAACACCCAGUAGUGGAGCUUCUAAGCAGUGAAAUGAUUAAAAUAGCCACUCAGCUUGGUGUUGAUAACACCGACGAAGUCGUUCUUUAAUAGUUAAUUAAUGAACAUUGAACAUACGAGCGCAGCUUAUGGAUUUCUAUAUUCUGCCUUGCAAGCUUCAGGCAAAUGAGAGCUUUUGGUGCUCAUAGAAAAGGGUCUGAACAGGGACAUGGAUUCAUUAUAUGGAGAGUUUUCUAAUCUGAUGCUAAUUAGGCUUGUGUAAACAAAUUGUAAUUUGUAUUAUCAUAUCAUUUGUCAUUCUUAUUACUAUUGUGAAAUUUGUAGGUUAACAAAUCAUGGAAAUAAAAUCUGAAGUUCAAUAUAAA